ACAUUAAAGAUGGCUGCCCCGUUAUAUAAAAUGUGUACUAAAUGUUUUCAUCAAAGAAUUCACCCGAUAUACACCAAAAAUAUAUAUUUAAGGCAUAAAUCAUCUGAUGUAGGCCUGGCACUUAGGCCUACUAAUGAGAGGAAUAAUCCAAAGGAAAAUAUUGGUCAGUAUUUCUAUCCUAAAAAGAAACAACAGAAAGUACGAAAAGCAACCAGCAUUGAGAAAGAACCGGAAUCUUCUUUUUGUGGAGUCGGAGUGAAGUAUUUGCAUGAGAUUAUUGGAAAUUACGUGUAAGUGGUAUCCAUCGCACUCAGAUCACAAAUACAUACACACACAUACCACAGGAACCGGAAAUAUUGUCUGUAAUUUAGGGGCAAACCUAAUCCCGGACAUCACAUGAAUUAAGUUCAGACAAUUGCCUGAGCUUGACAGUAGAUGAUUCAGAAGAAUCCUAGAGCUGACAGUAGAGGAUUCAGAAGAAGAACUAUGAAUGAACUAGUGGAUUCUAAAUCAGCAACAGGCAUUGAAAAAACACAGACCAUAUUCCUGGAAGGACAAAAUAUGAUAAAAGAUGCUGUGAAUGCUGGAGUUGAGUUGAAAUCAGUCUAUGCCACAGAGAAGAUCUUAUUGGAGAGACUGCAGUUAGGUGGAGGGGUCAACCAAUACCUCACUAGAAAUAAAACAUUAAAAGACUGGGUUUCAAAGCAAGCAGUACAGUCUGAUGGCAUAAUAUGUGCUGUAGCUAAGAAACCAAUCAUCUGUGAAACAGAAUCAGCAGACAAGCUUCCUGUCACAGUGGUGUUGGAUAGAAUUAUGGAACCAUGGACUGCGGGUGUCCUUCUGAAAACUGCACGUGGCAUAGGGUGUGCAAGAUUUGCCACAACAAAAGGAUGUUGCAAUCUAUGGGACCCUGUUGUUCUGACUGCCAGUGAAGGAAGCCAUUUCCAUAUGGCAAUUGAAACCAAUCUAUCAUGGAAUAAGCUUAGUGAAUGCAUUGAUGACAAUUGUAUGGUUGUUCUAGCAUCUGCCAGGCAAAUAGUGUGGAAAGGCCUUCAGAAAGCAGAGAAAAAUUUCCUUGAAGACCUUGAAGAAAACAUUAAAAAAGGUGAUGAAUGUCUUGAAGAAAAUCUCUUACAAGAAUGCUCUCCAGGAUACACACGAGGGAGUAUCUUUCCAGUGACAAAUUUCACCGAGGUGGAUUUUAGUGAUAAAAAUCACAUCAUUUUAAUUGUUAGUGACGACACAUUGAAAGUGUCAAAACAGAAGUUGAAAUUUCUUCAAGAGAACAAUGCCGUUCUAGUAUCCAUUCCCAUGGUGACUGGUAUAAGCAAGUUAAAUCCAGUUGUAGCUGGUGUUGUUCUUAUGUACAAAAUACAAAACCAAUUAGUUAGCAUUAAACCUUAAAGCCAUACAUGUAGUUUUUAUACCCCCCGAACGAAGUUCAGGGGGGUAUAUAGGAAUCACUCUGUCCGUCUGUCUGUCUGUGCUGAUUCGUGUCCGGGCCAUAACUUCUUUGUUCUUUGACAUAGGCAUACCAUAUUUGACACAUGAGUGUAUCACCAUAAGACGAUGUGUCGGGUACCUUCAUGACCUCCAUAUGACCUUGAACUUUGACCUCAAGGUCAAAAUUGAUUAUAGGGUUUUGACAUAGUCAUACCAUAAGACAUGGGUGUAUCACCAUGAGACUAUGUGUCAUGAACAUUCAUGACCUCUUUAUGACCUUGACCUUUGAUCUCAAGGUCAAAAUUAUAGGUUUAUGCCAUGGAAUUGUGUUCGGACUAUAUCUUCCAUUUUCUUCUACAAAGGCAUACCAUAUUUUUACACUCAGGAAAGAGGUAAUUUAUACCUAUUAACAACACCCUUUGGGAGAUUGGGGUAAGCGGGGGGUAUUCUUAGUGAGCAUUGCUCACAGUACCUCUUGUUUGAGUCAGCUUGCAAAGCGAGAUGCUCCUUGCUGUAUACGGAUUUUCAGCGGCUCGCCAACUUUUCUGUUUAUUCUUACACCAACAGCAAAUAAAUCCUGUGCAUGAAGAU